AUGAGGAAGUCUCCCAUUCACCAAACCGGCCCUUAUCUUCAUCAGUUUGCAUCCAUCCAAUCUCCCUACAGUCCAACACCAAUGAUUGUGGCAAAGAUCUAUCACAAUCACACAUCCGUUUGCUACAACUCCAAGGCUAAUCCCAACUAUGCCUUGCCUAAGGCUGCCCUUCAAGAUAUUUUAUCAUGGACACAUGGUCUAAAGACGUUCCAGGGAGAGCUUUGGUCACAUGGACCAACAAGGGAGAAAGCAGGCAAAACGGAGCCCAAAGGAGCUCGAUCGACUCCUCACAGAUCGAUCGACUCAUCGCGACACAACAGCUCGAUCGACCCCGAUCGAUCCCGUGCGAAAGGAGACAGCUCGAUCGAUCCCAUGCAAGGGAGGUGCAUGAUCACUAGAUCUCGACGGAGCAACCGCAACGAAGAGCUUCUCAUCCUGUCCAACGCAGAACUUGCAGAGUAG